AGGCACAAUGAAGGUUCUCGUAGUAUUCGCACUGUUCGCCGUUGCGGCCCAAGGCCGCGUCAUGGUUCCAUCAUCUGUGAAGCCAUUGUCCGACGAAAUGAUAAACUUCAUCAAUAACCUCAACACCACGUGGAAGGCUGGCAGGAACUUUGACGAGAACAUUCCCUUUAGCUACAUCAAAGGGCUGAUGGGGGUCCACCCGGACAGCAAGAACUACAGGCUCCCGCUUCACUACCACGGAGAGAUUCCCAAUGACUUGCCGGAAUCUUUCGACGCCCGUGAAAAGUGGUCCCACUGUAGCAGCAUCCACCUCAUCCGUGACCAGUCAACGUGUGGAUCGUGCUGGGCGUUUGGAGCUGCGGAAGCCAUGUCCGACCGAAUCUGCAUCCACACCAAGGGCAAAGUUCAGGUGAACAUCUCUGCUGAGGACCUGCUCACAUGCUGUGAUAGCUGCGGUGACGGGUGCAACGGAGGAUACCCCGCUGCCGCUUGGCAGUUCUACAAGGAAGAAGGCCUCGUUACCGGCGGUCUGUACGGUACGGAUGACGGCUGCCAGCCUUACCAUUUCCCACCAUGCGAACACCACACCAAGGGGCCACUGCCUCCAUGCAAGGGAGACGGUCCGACGCCCGAAUGUGUGCGCGACUGUCGCGAGGGAUACGAGAAGAGCUACAGCGAGGACAAACACUACGGCAAGAAAGUCUACACGCUUUCUGGCGACGAAACCCAGAUCAAGACUGAGAUAUUCAAGAACGGACCUGUGGAGGCAGACUUCACUGUCUACGCGGACUUCCUCUCAUACAAGAGCGGUGUUUACCAGCAGCACAGCGGCGAAGCUCUCGGAGGUCACGCGAUUCGCAUCCUUGGCUGGGGCUCCGAGAACGGCGUUCCAUACUGGCUGGUCGCAAACUCCUGGAACCCAGACUGGGGAGACAAAGGCUACUUCAAGAUUCGCCGCGGUAAUGACGAGUGUGGUAUUGAGGACGAUAUCAACGCCGGUAUUCCCAAGGAACUCAAGCCAUAGAAUGCAUAAUGAACGAAGAUUGUAGCGACGUAUAUGAAUAACAAUAAAAAGUGAAGUGCUCUUUA